GUGUAUUUGUGGUCUGAUUUAGCAGGCUUCUUCUCGACACCUCCUUGAAUUGAAAACAGCUUCGUGACACCUACCCAUUACUGGAAACUCCGACUUCAAUGGCGUGCUUAGUCUCCUUGUGCUCCUUCACGCAUUUCACUUCACAUGAAACCCUAAUUCAGAAUCUACAAGUACGAUACCCAAACAGUUGCAGGCUGCUUUUGAGUUCAUCAACGUGCUUAACAGGAAUCCGUUUUGUGGCUUCGGAAAUGUGGAUUGAGGAACUACGAUCUAUGAAGCUGUGUCGUACCCCGGAUGUGGCUCAUUUUAGACAAUAUUGUGGAGGUGUUUUUGUUGAUUAUAAAGUAGUUUGUAGUUCCAGUCCCAGAGUGAUAUCUGGAUUCUGGGUAGGACCAGAUGUUGAAGAUGGCUGGGGUUUUGUUGAAGCUGUUGUAAAUCAAAUAUCUGAUUUUUGAUUAUUUUCUAAAUUCUUUGUACCUGUUUUGAUUAAUGUAGAGAUGACCAUUGCAGACUUCGGUUGGAUCGGGUUGGAUCCAACCUAUUUUUGUCUAA